AAUACAUUAUAUGUUAAUAAAAAACAAAAGUAAAGUGACACAACAGUAGGAAUUGUUAGUGAAACAAAAAUCUCAAAAAUUACUAUACUUGCUUCUUCUAAGUUAAAAGCAGCGAACCUAAAAAUACUUACUUGUAGCAUUCCAUUUUGAUGCACUAAAGGAAAGAAAAUCAAAACAGGAUAAGGAUGAUUGUUGGGGAGAGGCAGGGGAAUGGGCUAGGGAAGGAUAUUAUAGUUAAAUGUAGGUGGUUGUCAAGAGUACUGCUUUGUGGAUGUUUAUUGCAUCAGGAAGAAUCAAGGAAAAGUGGGUCAUGUGCUGAUAAACAAUGAGAGUCUGUUGAAGAAAAGGAUUAUGAUUAAUUCUGUAUAUUGAGGUCUAAGGGGCAAAAUAUAUUACUAAGUGAGGUCUUUAGAACUCUUGAGUUUGAAAUCGACUCCAGCAAUUCACUGAAUUGUAUUAUCUUGGGCAAAUAACAUCUCUAUGCUUCUCUUGCCUUAGAUGUAAAACAAAGAAUAAUGUUUAUUAUAUUCUACUAAUAAUUAUUAUACUAUAAGUAAUUAUUAUACUAUAAAUAAUAGUAAUAAUUCUAUUACCUACAUCAUAGGGUUAUUAAACGUAUUAAAUGGGUUAAUGUGUGCCUGGUACGGAGUCCGCGCCUUUUGUUUUGAUUAUCUAGUGCUGUGUCAUAAAUCACCCAACAACUUAGUUAAAACAACAGCCAUUUGAUUUAUUCUUAGGAUUUUGUGGGCUUAGUUGGAUGGUUCUUGCCUGUCCUGCAGCUCUGAUCAAGCAGUAGCUGCUUUUGGAAUGUCCUGUUAUAUGUGGUGCUUUGGAGGGAGUGGCUAGAAGGCUGUGUUGAGCUGGACAACUAGUCCUCCCCACAUGGCCCUCUUAUGUGGUCUCUAGGAAAGCAGUCAGAUUUUAUGGGUCUCCAAGAGCACAAAAAAUGAAGCCGCCAGGCUUGGAAUUGGCGCAUUACCACUUCCGCUGUAUUCUGUUGAUAAAUGUCACAGAGCUACUUGGGAGAUGCGUUCAUUGAAGACCAUUUUUGGAAACCAUCCACACUGUUAUUUCUUUAUUUUUAAGAUUUUAUUUUUGGUUAAGUGCAGACUGAACGUGGGGCUACAGUCCUGAGAUCAAAAGUCGCAUGCUCCACCCACUAAGCCAGCCAGGCACCCAGCAUCCACACUGUUACUGAUACUUGUGAUCAUCAUGUUACUCUACAGUAACAUGUAUGUAAUUGUCAAUUUUGGCACCAGGGACUGAUUAAUGAAUAAAUACAAAUCUCUGCCCACUUGCUGCUUCUGUUUUACAUGAUAAGGAAUUAGAACGUAUAGUAUGUUGGUUGGUAAUAAGGACGAUACAGAAAAAUAAGGCAGAGAAGGAUAGGGAAUACUGGGGGUUGGGAGCUGCACUUUUAAAAAUGGGUAGUCACGGAAGGCCUCCUCGGUAAACUGACAUUUGAGUAGACAAAAGGAGGAGGUUAGGAGCUCGAGGGGCAAGGGUGGGAGCAAGAAAACCUUAGGAGGGUAGUGCAGUUGAGAGGUAGGUGGUUUGGAUUAGUGCAGUAAUAGUGGAAGUGGUGAGAAAUGGCUAGAGUUCGAAUUUUGAAGAUAACAGCUCUCCAGUUUAUUCAUGAACUGGGUGUGGAAUGUGAAAGAAAACGGAAUCAGGGAUGGCUUCAAGGUCGUUGACCUGAAUAGCUGGAAGGAUGGAGUUGUUGAUUGCUGAGGUGGGGAAGACUGCAGGACUGGCAGGUUUGGGGAGAUCUGGACUGGCGUUUUAGGUAUAAGGUUUGAAAUGCUAAUUAAAAGCUAGCUGCUUUAAAAUUGUAAAUUAUGCUUGUAUCCUGUUUGACUUCCCAUUUUGUGGCAAGGGAAGCCGAUGGGGGAGGGAGGACUUUGAAUUGUGUUAGAGUCAGUAAGUAUUCUCAGAAGACUGAGGAAUCUUGUUAGUUUUAUCCAGACUAUUUGUCAGUUUUUCCAGGCCCCUUUCACCUUUUCCCUGAUGUGGCUUGUUAUAAAUUUCACUGAUCACUUAUCACCUUUUUACUAGAAAAAGACCCGAUGAUAAACUUUAACAAGUUUAUUUAAAAAUUUAUUUUCCCUCUUAAAAAAAAAUUUUUUUUUUUAAAGGAGAUAUGGUACAAGUUGAAAAAUUUUCACUGAGCCUUACUCAGUCAUUCGUGUUACAGCUUUCCUUGAUGAUAAAUGUCCACUUUGGCUUAACCCAUCUUGUAGGGAUCGCUAUACUCUUUAGGUUUGGCACACGUUAUGUGCCCACCUUGGCUUAACCCAUUUUAUAGGCAUUUAGUUGCUAUACUCUUUGGGGUUGGCAGGUAUUAAAAUCUAACUGCCUUAACUGAUACUGAGUAAUUUGACUCUCACUUUCUUGCAGUUGCUUGGCCAAGACAUGUUUCAACAUGUUGCAGAGGUUUUUCUUGAUGUGCCCUUGGAAUCAUAAAUCUAUUACUUAAUCUUGGCAGUUCCCCAGCUCUAUGAUCUGUUGUCUUCCAGGGGGUGCUCUUGAGCACUGUUAAGAGGGGAGGAGUUCCUGAAACCCUGAUACCCAUUGGGGAGAUUUAUCAGCAGACGGCAAUUUCUUCACUGCCAAAAUGACCUCACUUUCCACCUCUGCCCAGUGUUCAACUUCUGACAGUGCUUGCAGGAUCUCUCCAGAACAGACCAAUCAGGUACGACCAAAACAGCCACUUUUGAAGAUUUUGCAGGCAGCAGGUGCACAAGGAGAAAUGUUCACCGUUAAAGAGGUCAUGCAUUAUCUCGGCCAGUACAUAAUGGUGAAGAAGCUUUAUGAUCAGCGGGAGCAACAUAUGGUGUAUUGUGGCGGAGAUCUUUUAGGAGAACUGCUAGGACGUCAGAGCUUCUCCGUGAAAGAUCCAAGCCCUCUCUAUGAUAUGCUAAGAAAGAAUCUUAUCACUUUAGCCUCUGCUACUACAGAUGCUGCUCAGACUCUCGCUCUCGCACAGGAUCACAGUAUGGAUAUUCCAAGUCAAGACCAACUGAAGCAAAGUGCAGAAGAAAGUUCCAAUUACAGGAAAAGAACGGAAGAAGGCAAUAUUCCUGCACUGCCUACCUCACAUCAUAAAUGCAGAAGUUCUAGAGAAGAUGAAGACUUCAUAAAAAACUUAACCCAAGAUGAGACAUCUAAGCUGGACCUUGGGUUUGAGGAGUGGGAUGUAGCUGGGCUGCCUUGGUGGUUUUUAGGAAACCUGAGGAGCAACUAUACACCUAGAAGUAAUGGCUCGACUGAUUUACAGACAAAUCAGGAUAUAGGUACUGCCAUUGUUUCAGACACCACAGAUGACUUGUGGUUUUUGAAUGAGUCUGUAUCAGAGCAGUUUGGUGUGGGAAUAAAAGUUGAAGCUGCAGACACUGAAGAAACAAGUGAAGAAGUAGGGAAAGUAAGAGACAAAAAGGUGCUUGAAGCGGGAAAAAAUGAUGACCUUGAGGACUCUAAGUCUCUAAGUGACGAUACUGAUGUAGAAGUUACCUCUGAGGAUGAGUGGCAAUGUACUGAGUGCAAGAAAUUUAAUUCUCCAAGCAAGAGGUACUGUUUUCGUUGCUGGGCGUUGAGGAAGGAUUGGUAUUCGGAUUGUUCUAAGUUAACCCAUUCUCUCUCCACGUCCGAUAUCACUGCCAUACCUGCUGAAAAGAAGGAAAAUGAAGGAAUUGAUGUCCCCGAUUGCCGGAGAACCAUAUCAGCUCCAGUUGUGAGACCUAAAGAUGUAUGUACAAAGGAAGAAAAAAACCCCAGACUUUUUGAUCCUUGCAACUCGGUGGAAUUCUUGGAUUUGGCCCACAGUUCUGAAAGCCAAGAAACAAUAUCAAGCGUGGGAGAGCAAUCCGAUAACCUUUUUGAACAGAGAACAGAUGCAGAAAACAUGGAGGAUUGUCGGAAUCUCUUGAAGCCAUGUAGUCUGUGUGAGAAGAGACCACGAGACGGGAACAUUAUUCAUGGGAGGACAGGGCAUCUUGUCACUUGUUUUCACUGUGCCAGAAGAUUAAAGAAGGCUGGGGCUUCCUGCCCUAUAUGCAAGAAAGAGAUUCAGUUGGUUAUUAAGGUGUUCAUAGCGUAGCUGACUCAGUGAAUUGGAGAGAAAUAUUAACAGGGCAGGUGUGUAUCAAAAUGUCAGUAUUGAGCAUCUCUACUCAUCAUAACCCUCUGUAUCUGUUUAUUUAUUUAUGUAAACAUCUCUGUGUCACAUUUUUGCUUCUACCUGUAGAGGGAAUUUGACAGUCAGUUCUUUAGAACUAGAUUAUCAGUUUGGGGGAUGGACUCCCGUUAACAUGAAAAGAUACAUUAACCAUUUCAUUCUCUCUCUAAAGAUGAGGAUCUGGGAGAAGCCAGUACAAACAAAAGUACUUUAAUUCAUUCACUUACUGAGUUACUUGAAGAUUUACUCUUCCUUCAGUUAAUUUAUUCCCUAGCCUUUUUUUUCUCUUAGGGAAUGGUUUUAGGCACCCAGAUCCAAGGUGACUGUUAGAAAAGUAUUAGAGCUAACAGUGGGAAAAAAAAAACCCAAACAAGUAAUUUGAUUAGCCUGGUUGUGAAAUGCUGUAAAUCACUUUAUGGUUGCGAUCGGUCCACGCAGUUUGGAUGAGCCCAAAGAAAAGUCUUGAAAAACAAGAGAUUUCUUCCACGUGUGCCUAGAACGCUGAGCAUUUUUGCUAAUAUAUCCCUGAAAGAAUUUUGAAAAACUAUAUGUAACCUUUUGCACAUUUUACACCCUAGGAUAUGAUUAGCAAAUAGUGUGUUCCCUUCUGGUGAGUUGUAGACACCUGAGGACCCAACCUAAAACAAGUUACUCCAAGAGGACGGUUUCUGUCCCUUGUAACCCUUCCCAACCAGUUUCUUCUCCAUUUCAUGGCUCUCAUUCUAAGGUAGUUUUCCUUUUGCACAUGUUUAAUGUGACAUCUAAAUUUUUAAAAAUAAAUUUAAGUACUUAACAAAGGAUACCCUAUCCAGUAUAUUGUAUAUGUGCCUUAAAAAUAUUUUUCUCAAAGUUUUAGAGUUGUAGAUUUAGCCAAUUGAAUUUAUAAGAAAAGUCCUGUCAUAAAAAGUAGCAAAGCCUGCUCUCAUUUUAAAACUCGACCAGCCAAAUCAGAUUCCCUUCAGUCAGAAAAUGUUUGACUUUAAUUCAAAUAAAAGCAUUAACACAUUUCUGGCACAACCUUCUCAAUUACAGUUCUAAGAUAGAUGAGGUACAGAGUUUUUAAUCUAAGCUCUCUUUGCUUUACUCUGUCCUCAUUGUCCCUUGAAAAUUGUUUUUUUUUUUUUUCCUUAUUGUUCUUCUGUUUGAUGCCUCUAGGUGUUUUAUAAUCUGAAGCUUUGCCCAGUAGUAAGAUUCUAGAUGGGUGUGAGUCAGCCUUUCAAAUACAGAGUAUGGCAGUUGUGAAAAUGAAAAUAAUUAAAAAUGUUAGGUCUGAAGGAGCAUUAUAUGAGCACAUAAAUCUUGGGGUAAUGCAUAUGGAAAUUGAAGAUCUUUAAGCUGAUGUUCUUAUAUAUAUCCCUGUCUGCCUUCCCCAUUGAAAAAAUCUCGAUGUAUGCUCAGGGGUUUGCAUAUGAGAUUUUGACAACCAUAGCCUACUGGAAUUAACAAAUUUAUGGAUCAUAAAAAUCACCUGGGUUGCUUGUUAAGAAAAACCCAAGUCAAAAAAAAAAAAAAAAAAAAAGGAAAAAGAAAAAAAAAACAAUUCAAACAGUAGCAUUGUUUCCCCUCCACAAAGGGGUUUCUUUCCAUGAAGAGUGUGUGUUCUGGAAGCUGGUUAAGUGGUCCAGAGACCACACUUGGGGAAGCCCUGCCCUAGAAAAGGGUUUUCCCAGUUAUAAGAGGUGCAGCAAAGAUCGCUUUUAGCAUCUUAUUUGAUUUCUUGAAGGGGAGUUUUGUUAAAAGUUCUAGAAGUUUAGAACUAGAAUGCACUCUUAAACCCAGCCCGUCAUUUUGCACUUGAGGCUAAAAGGUUAAACGACAGCAGAGAGUCCAAGCUCGUGAUUCCUCUGUUACUAGAACCCAAGUCCCUUGUAGUUAAGUUCCAAACCAUGCUCACUUUCUUCUCAUUAUUUGUUAAAAUAUUUGAAGGGUGAUGCUUGUGGAAUUUGGAUUCAGGGCGCUAAUCAUUGAAAUCUUGCAGAAUAGGACUUGCGGUCAAAGUAAGACUUCCAUAUUAACACUUCCUUCCCAAAGAGAAAAUGCCAAUUAAAUACCAACCUUUCUUUCUUUUUUUAAAUUAACAUAUACUGUAUUAUUUGCCCCAGGAAAUGCCGUCUUUCUUAUAUAAUCAGAUAAGUUACUCCUCCCACAGGGAGAGGACAGAUGAAGGUGCAGAGGAACCUGACCCCCUUUCUCCAGUAUUGUUCCUUUUCAGGGAAGGAAGCCCAGGUCUCUUGCUCUCUCUAAGUAUCAGGGACAAGGGUUUUCGCCUCGAAGCAGAAUGGGUCCUUGGACCACAUUGUUUUGUUAGGCCAUAGUGAAUGAACAAGUUAAAUGUCUGUCUUCCCUAUGUUCUCCCUAGUGCUCCUCUCUUCAGAGCAGCGUGAUGGCCCUCAAUUUCGUCUGAUUUUUGCCAGUUAGGAGCUUUUGCAGGUAAUGACAUAAAAGAGGGAUGGGGAGAGUAGGGGAUGUGCACUUGCACCCUCUGAUUCUUCUUACAUAAAGCUGGUUUGUUUUGUUUUUGUUUUUGUUUUUUUUUAGAAAACUUAAAAAAUUUUAAAAAUUUUACUUGCCUCUGUAGAUAUUUGAUGCUCAUUUUGGUACAUCCCCGCCUGUCACAGGACCCUCUUCUACUCAGCUUUCCUUCUUCCCCACUUGCUCACCCGAGUUUUUUACUGCUCCUGUUACUACUAAAUUUUUAGGAGAUCCCGAGCUGCGUGUUUGAGCUGCAUAUUUAGAAUAAGCCAACACUUGGGUUUACUGAUCCUCUAGCAAGAGCCCUGUGAGUGACUACAGCUGUUCUAGAGAAAGAGCUGAUAGUCCUUUGCUUAUCUGAGGCCCAGGCCAGGCUGCCGCUGCCGCAGCACAUUGUUUUCCUUCACCCAGGAUCCUUCCUUUGUGUCUCCUGGGAGUGUAGGACAGCAAGGAGGAUUCUGCAUUUCUUGCGGUAGAAUGGGUCGAGCAUCCUACAAAGAGCCAAAUAGUGCUAUCAGAGCAAUUCUUAAUCCGCAGGAGACUUUACACCAUCUUGAUUCCUCUUUGGUUUUGUUCUUUUCCAAGGCCACUGCGGUACAGAUGUAUUUUACUCACUGCCAUGAAAGUAACCCGUGAUUUGUAUGUGAAGUCUUCAUGGUUUUACUUCUACAAGAUAAACUCUUGAUUUCUCCACACUACCGUUACCUUUUAGUUGUAGUCAGAGUGAAACAGAGCUCUGGUUUCUGGAGACGGUGCUAGUUUGCCCCUCUUUUCCAGCAGCCCGUCUGAUCUGUCUCCUUUUCUCUUUCAUUCUCAGCUGCUUGAGUUGAAAUCUUGAUCGUGAGGAAAGGCUCCGUUCAAAUAGGUACCCGAAGAGUUGACUGCUUCUGCUGUCUCAUGCUGUAGACUUAGGAUUAAGGAGAUCAUCCCACAUUAGUGCUAGAUUCUUUACUUUUCUUUCUUUCUUUUCUUUUUUUUUUAAAGUAAUCUCAGCGCUCAACAAGGGAUUUAAGAUUAGGAGUUGUACACUCUGUACUGACUGAGCCAGCCAGGUGCCCCAGUGCGCAAUUUCUUAUUUUAAUUAUCCUUUUAAUAUUUAUGAUCAUGUUAUCCUGGACAAAAAGUUCACUGCAAAAACAAUGAACAUAUCGUCAGAAGCCGUGAAUUUCUAGGUUACAGAUCAGAAUGUCUUCUGUCUCAUUAACUCACUGUUCUUGCGUCGUACUUAAUAUAUGUGCUAUGUUUUUGUAUCAGAUACUUAAAUCAGACUUUAUAAAAAUCUUAAGACCAAGCCUUCAGAUGCCCUUUCCCCAGAGUCCACCUAUGGAAUGUCAAAUGGUAGCAAUCCCACGCUUGAACAAUGGAUCAGCGUCCGCCGGGCCAGCCUCCAAACUGUCAUGAACUUUGCUAAUACAAGAUGGGAUCACUGCCAAGCACUUGAAAUACAUGAUUGUGUUUUAAUAAUAAUUUAUGUAUAUUUAGGUGUAUAUAAUGCUUUGUGGGUCAUUUGUUUGUAAAAAUUUUAUUUUUAAAGGUCAGGAUGAUCUGUGGCAUUUAAAAAAAAAAGUCGAUUCAGUGC